GGCUGCACAAAGCAGGUCAAAGGGGGACUGGGUGACGCAGUGUUUGUCCUGAUGUUCCAGCAGCUAUAAAUUGCUGUCAGCACCACUUCACCAGGUUCAGCUCCUGCAGAGGAGGAGGGAGAGGAUUUUUACCUGCACUGAGCUCCCCACUUGGCUCAGGUGUGAGAGGAGCAGGUGAGAAACAGGCAGAGAAGGCAGUGUCCUGGACCAGCAUGGCAUCUCUGCUGGACAACAUAACCAGACCUUCUGCUGCCGUCCUGCAGCUCUCUGUGCUGCUUGGUGUAAUCUUUGUGCUGCUGAAAGUGCUCCAGUUGUACUGGGAGAGGAAGAAGCUCAUCAAAGCUCUGGAGGCAUUCCCUGGCCCCCCAAAACACUGGCUCUAUGGCCACAAUCACCUGACAAAAUCUGAAAGUUUUUUACACCAAGUAGUGCAAUGGGGACAAGAAUACCCCUAUGCCUUUCCCAGAUGGUUUGGACCAACCCUGCCGUCUAUAAUCAUCCACCAUCCUGAAUAUGCCAAAACCAUACUUGGCCGAACAGAUCCCAAGGCUAGUGCAGUCUACAAACUCCUAGUUCCCUGGAUUGGGAAAGGGCUGCUGGUCUUGGAAGGACGCAAAUGGUUCCAGCACAGGAAGAUGCUCACCCCAGCCUUUCAUUACAAUGUGCUGAAAUCUUACGUGACCCUGAUGUCAGAUUCAGUCAAAGUGAUGCUGGAUAAAUGGGAUAAGAGGAUCACAGAGAGGAGGUCAGUGGAGCUCUUUCAAGAUGUCAGCUUGAUGACACUAGAUACCAUCAUGAAAAGUGCCUUCAGUUUUAAUUCCAACUGUCAGACUCAGAGUGACUCCCACUAUUAUAUUAGAGCUGUUUUUGAUGUGACCUACCUCCUGAGCAAUAGGAUCCGGAAUCUCUCCCUCAAGGAUGUCUUCUACGACUUCACUAGCAACGGCCGCGCAUUUCAGAAUGCCUGCAAGCUGGCCCAAACCCACACAGAUCAGGUAAUAAAAGAAAGAAAGAUGUUGCUCUCCAAUGAGAAGGAGCUUGAAAAUAUCCAGAAGAAGAGGCACCUGGAUUUUCUGGACAUUCUUCUUUGUAGCAAGGAUGAGAAUGGAGUUGGACUGUCUGAUGAGGACCUGCGUGCCGAGGUGGACACCUUCAUGUUUGAGGGUCAUGAUACCGUGGCCAGUGCACUCUCCUGGCUCUUCUACUGCAUGUCACUGCACCCUGAGCACCAGCAGCGGUGCAGGGAGGAGAUCCAGGGCAUCCUGGGACACCGAGACACCAUUGAGUGGGAGGAUCUUGGGAAGAUGACCUACAGCACCAUGUGCAUCAAAGAGAGCUUACGCCUGUUCCCACCAGUUGCUUCUGUGUCCCGAGAGCUCUCCAAACCCAUCACAUUUCCUGAUGGACGCAGCCUGCCAGCAGGCUGCCAGGUUGGAGUGAAUAUAUUUGCUAUUCACAGGAACCGGGAUGUGUGGGAGAACCCUGAGGUUUAUGAUCCCCUAAGGUUUUCUCCAGAGAACUCAGCACAGAGGCACUCCCAUGCUUUUCUGCCUUUCUCUGCUGGAUCCAGGAACUGCAUUGGGCUGCAGUUUGCCAUGAAUGAGAUUAAAGUGGCGCUGGCCUUGACCCUGCAGCGCUUCGAGCUCUGCCCGGACCCGUCCAAGCUUCCCAUAAUGAUACCACAGCUCAUCCUUAGGUCCAGCAACGGGAUACACCUGCAGUUGAAGAAGGUUUUUUCUGAUCCCACGGGGUACCAUGGCAGGGGGGCAAGAGCUCUCCCAAGGGACACCCUCCACCCAGAGGUUUAAGAGGGGAUCACCAAACAGACCCACAGUGGAUCUCUCCCAUAUUAACCCCUGUCCUACUAUUGUCCAGAGGGGUUUGCUGAGCUCACAAACACCAAACCCAGCAGGUUCAGUUCCCCUCCUUGCAAGGGGAGCAGCACUGCUAAGGGGGUUCCACAGCAUCGCUGUGGCUCAUCCUUUUCUCCAUGGGCAUCCUCCACAUCCUGCUCAUCCCCUCAUCUCCAACCUGCCCUCAGACACUCCCUGACAGGACUUCUGCCUGUAGAUUCGUCCCACUCUCAGUUCCACUUGGGCUUGGCAGUGAACAACACCCAGCAUGGUUUGCAGGGAUGCCUAAAGGCUGGGCACAGAGCCCCUGCCCAGCCUCCAGCCUGGGUGUGCCGGGCCAGGAGGCCCUCCCUACAUCCCCCUGCCCCACCCUCCCAACGAUUCCUGUUCUGGGGCUGGCACUAUGCCCACCAUUAUGGAGAUGAAUGCUUGUGGUUCUUUUCUGCCCCAGCUCUGAACUUCCUUGAGCUGAUGGCGCUCAGGAGCCAGCGCAGAAAAUGCCACCAGCUAACUGAGGAAGCAGUUGCCACACUGUAAAUAGCAUUGUUCUCCUCUCUGAAAUGAAAAUAAAGCUUUGUGGGGAUGAUCUCCAA